UGCACGCGCUCCCACAACGCUGACGCCGCAGCAGAAACACCGACAAACCAGCAGACAGAGCGACGGACAGGCAGAGCAAAAUCAUGGAAGCGAUAUGGCUCUAUCAGUUCCGACUGAUCGUCAUCGGGGACUCCACGGUGGGUAAGUCGUGUCUGAUCCGCCGGUUCACGGAGGGCCGCUUCGCCCAGGUGUCCGACCCCACGGUCGGCGUCGACUUCUUCUCGCGGCUGGUGGAGAUCGAGCCGGGCAAGCGGAUCAAGCUGCAGAUCUGGGACACCGCGGGCCAGGAGCGUUUCAGGUCCAUCACCAGGGCUUAUUACCGGAACUCUGUGGGCGGGCUCCUCCUGUUCGACAUCACCAAUCGGCGCUCCUUCCAGAAUGUCCACGAUUGGCUGGAGGAGGCUCGCAGCCAUGUCCAGCCUCACAGCAUUGUCUUCCUAUUGGUUGGCCACAAGUGCGACCUGGAGGCACAGCGGCAGGUGACCCGUCAGGAGGCAGAGAAGCUGGCAGGAGCAUACGGGAUGCGUUACGUUGAGACGUCGGCCCGUGACGCCAUUAAUGUGGAGCAUGCUUUCACCGAGCUGACCAGAGACAUCUUUGCCCUGGUGCGAUCCGGCGACAUCACAAUCCAGGAGGGCUGGGAAGGUGUGAAGAGUGGGUUUGUGCCCAACGUGGUUCACUCCUCAGAGGAAGUGACCAAGAGUGACCGCCGCUGUCUCUGUUGAUCCAGGAAGAGUUUUGAACGAUGGGAAUGAAGGUGAAAAGGAUGCAAGGAAGGAAGGAUUCAGAGGGGAGUGGCUGACAGACUGAAGUGUUGGCCCUCUGACUGAAACUGCUGGUAAACCUCUGUUGUUCUUUCUUCAGACUGGCCACAGAAUGGGAUGUUUAAGCUGGUAGAAGACAGCGAACAACACCUUGUGGGGGAUAACUGAAGGAUUGUGCCCAUUUCUGAAUAUGUUUUAUUUCUUGGAGAGGAAGGAUCACACAUGCUCAUUUAAUUAUGAGGGCUCCCAUGGAUUCAGUUCCUUUAGUUUUGUUUUGCCUUCUUGCCUGAAAAUCCCUCCACGAAAGUCUUAGGCCUUAGAAAAAAAAUCCAUUUUGCUUCUUUGUCAAAAUAGGAUGACACUCUUGGCUCGUUUCAUCUUCCUUUUUUCUAUCAUCUUUUUUCCUUCAUCCCUCCGUUAACCUUCUCCUCUCCUCCAAUAUGCAAUUACAUGAUCACAUACAAAAUUAUCACUUCUACAUUGGCAUCCGAGAUCCUCCUACCACAUAUCAUUCUAAAACAUUAGUUAACACCCUUAGAUUCAACCUUCCUCAUUAACAAGAGGUGUAUUUCUUUUGCUCACUACUUGCUCCACAUUCCAUCAGAGCUCAAUGGAGGGGUCCUGGAGGUACUAAAUUUAACAAGGGAAGACAGAUUUCCACUCUGGAGCGUUGAUUUUGUUGUCAGAUAACCACAUUAUUCCCCUGUGAAACUAUUUAGGCCUCCAGCAAGCUCAAUGACAUUGAUAGCUUUGUUGCACCCACUGUCAUUCUGCUUAAUUCUCCACUGAUAGACAACAGUGUCACCCAGCUCCUAAUGGACUCCCUAAGCAAGAAGAGACAACGUGUACAGCUUAACUGACCGAGGUGGAUUUGUUGGAUUGUCAGUCUUUAACUGGGUGGACUAAUACGAGUGUUGGAGCCAGAGAGCACAUUAAACAUCCACCUUAACUGUGGAGCUUUAUCUGUGACUGCUGAAAGGUGCAAAUAAGUAAACUGGUAAAGAUUUAUUUCUUCAAAGCAAAACGAACAGAGAAUGACCAGACCGCACGCAGGAAGAUUUAAUUAACGGACUUCACAAAAGAACCACGUUACCCAUAAUGCACGCAUAUGGAGAGAACUAUACCACAAAAUAAUCAUGCAGGUAUUAAAUCGAUCAACACAGAUACAGGCACAGGGACACUACAAGGUUAAAUUUUGUUCUGAACAAGUGGUUUACAUCUCUUUGUGCGUGUGUGUGUGUGGGUGUGUGUGUGCAUAUGUGUAAUAUUACACUGAACUUUUAUUUUCAGUUUACUACGCUUUAGUGCUACAAGUUAAUGUAGCUGCCAUUAUACCUUGGACGUUUUAGUACUUAAUUGAUUAUCAGAAUAGUUGCAGAUUAAUUCUCUUGUGAUCGGUUAAUCGACUAAUGCUUUCAGCUAUAAAUUCAACAUUAUUUCACUGACUUCUUUUCAAGUUGUAGCCAGGACCUUGCUGACAUUAGAGCACUGUCAUUAUAAGACAGUUGAAACAUUGGUUAUGUAUGUAGAAAAAAGUCUUCAGCCACAUUUAUCCUGGUUUUAACCUAAUUGCCAAAAUCUGAGCUUGAUGGGAUCCUUGAUAGCUGAUGAAUUCAGUGUGAAUUUUCCUUUUAAAGGAAUAGUUUGACAUUUGGGUACAUUUGCAUAUUACAUGAGAAGAUGUAUGCUAAAUACGAGGCUACAGCUAGCAGCUAUUAGCUUACCUCAGCAAAGACUGGAAAUAGGGGGAAACAAUAAACUGGGCUCUCUGAGCAGUUGCCAUCCAACUUGCAGAGACUCUGGGAAAUUAUAGACUGUCAUAGGGACGACAUACUGUAGCUUUCGAGGCCAGCUCAGAAGUUAGCAUGACCAUGGGUUCUCUCGAUAAAAAGCCAAUGAGAUUUUUCCAUAGGUUUUUGGAUUACUGAAGAAAAUAAGAUGUAUGACAAACAAAUGUUUAUAUUUACAUGUUUUGUUCAGCAAGAUGAUCGUCACAAGUGAACAACACUUUUAUGAUUUUUGAAACUUAAAUGCAAUGGCCAUAAGUAAAAAGCUAUUGUUAGACUAUAAACGAACCACACCACGGUUCCACAACUUCAGCGUCACCACAACGGUUUCCAGCUUGUAAUUUGAUUUAGUGUGCUGACCUCUUCUACAAAAUCUUUUCCUCUUAGUGUGACCCGAUCUAGUAAAUGACAAAUUUCAUCCAUUUUCAUUUCAUUUUGUAUGACUUAACCAUACAAUAUAAUUUGUGAGCUUUAGAUUUUAACAUUGGCAGAUUUUGUUUCCACUGGAGAGAUUGCUGUUUCCCUGUGUUUACUGUGUUUGUGUUAAGCUAAGCGAACCAUCUUAUUUUAUUAUUACAUUUGUUAUUACUCAGACCAGUUGCUGACAUUUCUUUGAAAUGCCAGAAAAACAUCAGAAACAGUGAGUCACACUGUUACAUUGGCUCAGAGAAUACAUGCAGCAGAACAGGGUGAAAAAUGUCUGCAAAAGUGCUUUUAGGAAAAUUAAAAGAGAUAAAAACCAGCAGGUGAGUCACCUGCUGAAUACAUAAAACCUGCAUUCUGCUACAUAUUCUUAAAAAAUCAACACCGGACCAAAUGUAACAAUUUGUUACCCUGACCUGUAAUAUGUGGAUAUAUCAAUACUUUUUUAAAAAACUUUUUUUUUUGAAGAAUCCCCUUUAAAGUUUUUUCUUCUCCCUCUCUCAAUAUGAAGACAUUUUAUUGUUUGAUUGAGAUACUACUGUCAAUGUAAGAAAAAUAUUUCUGACUUUUUUUUUUUACUGUGUUUGCCUGUUAAUCUGAUCUACAAUCCCAAGACAAUUAUCACAACACAGAUGAUUUAGUUUCAAAUUUAAUAUAUCCUGUAUGCCUACUUUUUACAUGUUUCUAAAGAGUCUUAUGUUUUUUAUUUUUUAAUGAAUGUAUCAGCAGAGAAGAGGUUAAGAUUUUACACCAAGGUGUCAUAUAAGAAAUUUGUGGAUAAGAAACAUUUCCAAUUGAAUCAAAGCAUUCUUUUCUCUUCAAAAUGUUUUGCCAAGGAUGAUCUUCAUGUUUUGAGAUUUGAUUGGAAAUCCAUGGCUUUACAAGCUGCAGCAUUAUUUACUGAUAUGAGUGAAAUGCUGCCAGGCAGAAAAGACCAAUCUGCAAAGAGCCUUUUGGGAAUUUAAAAAACCAGGAGCUUUCCCUGAUGUCUUUGUGUUUCUGAAAUCGAACAAUGUUUUAUUCCAUAACAGUCAGUCUGUUGUCCAUUCUCUGACUUGCUUUAUCAUCACUAGUCAUGAUUUUGGGGUGUGCCAGAUCACUUCUUACUUGGAAGAACUGAUUGUCAUUUUUAGACUUGGGUUUUUGUACGAAUUUAGCAAAUCAGAUAUAACAUAUUAACGAGUGAGUGGAUUUUGUUACCUUUGGACAUAACCAUUCUAGCUGCUCUGCUCCUAUUUCCAGUCUUUAUGCUAAGCUAAGCUAACCAGGCACUGGCUCUGGCUUUAUACUGUAUUUAGAAUAUAGACCUAAGAGUGAUUUCAAUCUUCUUAUUUAAAUCCCAACAAGACAAUGAGCAAAUGUGCUUUGCAAAAUGUCAAACUAUUCUUUUAGGUAUAGCUACAAUAAACUAUAGAUUCUCGCAAGAAUUGGUCAGAAUAUGCUUUUCCAUUCCUUCCAAACAAAUUUUGUGAUACUUUACAAUUUUUUCCUGUCAAUAAUUUCUUUCAAUUGUCUAUAUUUGUGCUCCUGUUACUUAUUUCUUGACUUUCUCUUUGAUUCAUGUUUUCAUUCUUUUGAGCAACCCAGUGCUAGAUCAUAACAGCUGAAUUUCCUGAGUUCUAACAUGAACUUACAUACACUGAAAGAAAUGAAACAAUGGUGCAAAUGAGCACAAAUGAUUUUGCAAGGGAAUGCAAAAAGCGUCACAAGGGAACACAAAAGAUAAUGUAGAGGGAGUGAACAGGAUUAAAAAAAAAAAAUAAACAGCCAUUCAGGGCUCUCUACUGAAGAUAUGCUUGAAUGAGACAUGGUUGCUAAUCUCUGAUUUGUGAAAGGUUAUAUUUUAGCCAUGGUUUUACAGGACAGCAAUGCAAAAUUGUUGGAUCAAAUCCCAGCAAAGUUACAAACUUUGUUUAAACUUUCAUUUAAAUUCACUUUGCUGGAAACCUGCAAGACCUGAUUUGGCUUAAAAGCCAUUAAAAGCCAUUUUCUCCCUUUCAGCACUGUUUGCAUGUCCAGCAGUGGAAUUAAACCCUCACAAAGUGCUUGCUGUUGAAAAGAAUUUGACUUUCAAUCACAUUAAAAUGAUAGACAUGUAUUGCUUUCCGGCAAAAACUAUCAAGCAACAAGUCUUAUCUCUCUGUUUUGUACUGCAAAGCCUUUAAAAAUGUGUAAUAUGGACCAAAAGACCAAACAGACUUGCAAAGCCUUU